AUGCGGCAUGCCCUGUUGAAGAAGAAGACGGAGACGACCACAAUUCCGCUGGACAAGUUGAAAGCAAACCUGGCGCAUGUACCAGAAGGCAAGGUGCCAGUAGUGCUCCUGUCCACAGGGCUGGAGGAGCGCCAUGGCUUUGCUGUCGUAGCGGGCUACAUGUCGCCCUCGCACGACCAAUACGUGGGCAGCAAGAUGAGGAGGCAAGGUGCAGCGCACAUCACUAUCGCUCAUCGCGUGGCCAUGUGCAGACUCGGCUUGCAGGACGAGUUGCGCCACGAAGCGCCCGGCAUCGUAGUCAUGUAUCUCUGUGGCGCCGAUCACGCAAUCAAUUGUGGGUUGCUCCACGGCGUCUCAAGCACCAUUCCUGUGGUGGCCGUGGCGAGGCCUGGCUACACAGCUCGCAUAGCAAAGCUUCCGCGUACCGAGGGCAAGUGCUAUUACGUAGAGAUGCAGAUGGAAGACCUCAGCUCCACUGCCAUCCGAAAGAGGUGCAGGAUCCUGUUGAUCAUGUGGCAUCUCGUAAUCAUGCGCUUACCCUUGGUCAUCUCUGCACUUAGGCUUGCUGCCUCCGAGAGUGUGGAAGACUUGACUGGCCCAGCCGUGUCGGAGUACCUCUUCAAGAACGAACUCCACAAGCUCUUCGCUAAAUAA